GGCCUGGCAGAGGACAGGAGGCAGGCCUGGGGAGCCUGGGGAGGGCUGCCUGACAGUUCUAUGGGCCCUCCCCUCCUCCACAGUCCCACCCCCAGCCUGAGGCCUCUGGGAGCCCUGGUCCUGAGCAGCCAAUACACCAGCCCAGACGGCUGCAAGUCACCAUGGACGCUGAAGGCCUGGCACUGCUGCUGCCGCCCGUCACCCUGGCAGCCCUGGUGGACAGCUGGCUCCGAGAGGACUGCCCAGGGCUCAACUACGCAGCCUUGGUCAGCGGGGCAGGCCCCUCGCAGGCGGUGCUGUGGGCCAAAUCCCCUGGGGUACUGGCAGGGCAGCCUUUUUUCGAUGCCAUCUUUACCCAACUCAACUGCCAAGUCUCCUGGUUCCUCCCUGAGGGAUCGAAGCUGGUGCCGGUGGCCAGAGUGGCCGAGGUCCGGGGCCCUGCCCACUGCCUGCUGCUGGGGGAACGGGUGGCCCUCAACACGCUGGCCUGCUGCAGUGGCAUUGCCAGUGCUGCCACCGCUGCAGUGGAGGCUGCCAGGGGGGCCGGCUGGACUGGACACGUGGCCGGCACCAGGAAGACCACACCAGGCUUCCGGCUGGUGGAGAAGUAUGGGCUCCUGGUGGGCGGGGCCGCCUCGCACCGCUACGACCUGGGAGGACUGGUGAUGGUGAAGGACAACCAUGUGGUGGCCGCCGGUGGUGUGGAGAAGGCGGUGCGGGCGGCCCGGCAGGCGGCCGACUUCGCUCUGAAGGUGGAGGUGGAAUGCAGCAGCCUGCAGGAGGCAGUGCAAGCGGCUGAGGCGGGUGCCGAUCUUGUCCUGCUGGACAACUUCAAGCCGAAGGAGCUGCACCCCACGGCUGCCGCGCUGAAGGCCCAGUUCCCAAGUGUGGCGGUGGAAGCCAGUGGGGGCAUCACCCUGGACAACCUCCCUCAGUUCUGUGGGCCGCACAUAGACGUCAUCUCCAUGGGGAUGCUGACCCAGGCGGCCCCAGCCCUUGAUUUCUCCCUCAAGCUGUUUGCCAAAGAGGCGGCUCCAGUGCCCAAAAUCCACUGGUCCUAAAGCGGAAGAGGAUGACACCAGCCAUGGGUUAACGUGGCUCCUGAGGACCCUCCAGAUCAC